UAGCAAGCAUGCCAUUCGGCCGCAAAUCACCAUUGGAGGCGCUCGCCUUGCCCGGCGUCAUUUUGGCYUACAAAUACAGUCAAUUUCGGCAAMGACGCCGCGAGGCAGCCAGCCGACGUGUGACGGAACGUGAGUUGGCCGCGCUGCAUCAUAAAAUCGACAAAUUACUGAGCAAACUGGAGGAAAGCGAACCGGAUCCACCAACCUCGCAGGAGGAUGAAUGCGUUAUCUGCAUAAAUGCGCGUGCGACCAUGCAAACAUCACCAUGCGGCCAUCGUGUCGUCUGUCGUCGCUGCUUUGUCAAGACAAUACAAAGUGCCGUAGCACAGCGACUGCUGCCACUGCGCUGUGUGAUUUGUCGUGCGCGUGUGAAUCGCCUCACCUCCAGCUCGGGCACUUGGCGCAUACAAGAGUCGGCGAGCAGCUAUUCCAUGGGUGCCAAAAGUUGGGCUUCCGCCGGUGUCGGUGCGGGUGGUGUGCACGCUUCGGCCAGUUCCUAUUCGAUGGGCGAUGCGCAUAGCGGCCACCAUGCCUUCCAUCCACAUCCCGCGCUGCAUGGUCGCUAUCCACGCAGUCCGAAUGGUGGCGGACGUGUUGCACAAUCGGAUAGCUUAUAUUCGAUGAGUUCGACGGGUUCGUCGUCACUGUCGGGUGUCUCACAUAUGUCCACCUACUCUAAGACGUCUUCCAUUUCGAGUGGUCUCUGCUCGCCCGCCUCACCCAUAUCACCGUCUGCCAUGUCAGCGUAUACACAAACACCGGUGCUGAAUAAUCAUUUGGCGCCACCCGGCGCAUCGACAUCACAUGGUACGCUCACGUUAUCGCCUUCCGGUUCAUCCGUUUCAGGUUCGCUCUCGCCACGUGAUGAUCACCAUCAUUCACAUUCACAUUCGGGUGGUUGUCCGGCGGGCUGCUCGGGUGCUAUACCGCGUAAACCACUCAAUUCUUUAAGUAAUUCUUCGUCGAGCGGUUCGAGUAUUAGCAGCUGCAGCAGUUUUCCGCCCGCGACACAUACGUAUCCCGGUCGCCGUUAUACCAAGGGACGACUGACGGAUCUACAAAAUAGACUGCCACCAAUUAAAGAGUUUCGCAGUCCAGCCAAAGUGCCACAUCCUUCGCCAGUGCACAUUAGCAAUCCACGAUUUCGUUAUUCUUCUUACACCAAAUCCUCAUCGAGCGCGCACGAAAUUGCUCCCUUGCUGUGCGAACCGCCUUCACCACCCAAAAGACCCAUGAACAUACUGGCGGUCUCUGCUUCAACUAACGGCUUAUGUCCACCGCCGUUAAAGGCUGGUGGCACUGCCAAAAUUAGUCCUCUGGUCUCCAAGAACUCCCUGCCAAAGAAUGCCUACACUUUGGGUAAUAAAGAUAAGAAGAUGGCAAUAAAUAGUACCAGUGGCAACACAGCCAAAGUAAAUGGGAAGCUUUCAAGCACAACAACAAAUAACAGUAAUAGUAAGAAGGUGACUUACGAUGCUAACGGUAAUAGCGUUUCAUUGGCGUCAACACCUGUACCGAAAUCGUCUGCGUCGAACCAAAACAGCAAUAAUAAAUCAUAUUCAGCACCAACCUCACGCUCCAGCUCUUCCAACCGAAGUUUUCCACUCUUCUCCAAUACCAAUAGCAAUCACAAGGAGAAAGCCGACAAUAAGAAGAAUGAAUCUAUGGAGCGUAAGAAGAAGGAGGAGAAACUUAAAAUGAAAGCGGAAAAGGAAGCGAGAAAGGAAGAGAAGCGUCUCGCCAAGGAAGAGGAACGUUUAGCGAAGCUGAUUGCUAAGGAGGAGAAGAAGAAGGGCAAAAAGGAAGCUAAGGAACUACUCAUCGCAAAUGAUGGCAACUGCAAGAAGUGAGGUUAUGAWAUGCUAAUGUAUGACAGCAAGGGAGCUAUCAACAAUAUUAAAGAAAUGUUAGUUACACAUUUCAACAAAAAAACAGCUUAAAAGACAUAACUAUAUAACGCGAAGCAACACUAAAUAACAAUAAAAAGUGCAAUUAUGGGCUGAAAAGACUCAAGUGCAGACAAAAUGUACUUGUUUUCAUGCGAAAAGUUAUCAAGUAGUACUAAAAGGAACUAAAUUGCUUGCAAUUGUUACAAAAUUAGUACCAAAAUGUACUAAAUUGCUUGCAAUUAUUACGAAAUUGUAUAUUAAAAGAGCUGAAACAAACAUGGAACAUGCAUGUAACAAAGUAAUGUACUAAAGUCUAGAGAGGUCAUCUGAAUGUACUAAAUUUAGUGCUACAUACAAUAAUGAAUGCAAAAGAUACUUAAUUAUGUACUAGAAUCAUAAACUAAAACUAACAAUUUGCAUGCAAAAUGUAGCAGAGUACUAAGCACUAAAUCAACAGUACUAAAUUUUGUACUAAAAUUACUAAAAACCACGUUAAAUUGCGAAUUGCACACAUUAGUUAUCAAAAAACAUUUCAAUAUGUACUGAGGAGAAUUAAGUACUAAAUUUUGUACUAAAAUUACCAAAAAUCACGUUAAAGUUCGCUUUAAACAAAUUAAGUAUC